UGAGUCUUUCUCCAUCGACCGGCCAGUUGUCGUAYAACUGACCAAUUGUAGCGACUGACUGAUGGAGCUGACAGCGGAUUGCUGGUAGCAGCUGAUCGAGUAAAGAGUACUUGGGACUGGUGRUAAGCGUGGCAGACUCUCGACGUAAGUGUGUCGUCUUCAACAGGAAGACAUAGAUAUCUAGAUAGAUAGAUAUCUAGAUAGGUAGAUAGAUAUAUAGAUAGAAGGAGAGAGGGACUUGGGUGUGAAGGGUGAGGGGAGAGAAGGAGAUGGCGGGAGCAUUGUCCGCGACGACGUUUCCUGCUGCUGCCAGGUCAGCAGGAGUUGCAGCGGCAGGACCUCUAUCCUCUCACCGGAGGGCUGACGUGGCAGCAGCCCAAGAGCGAGGAGUUCUGGGCGGUGGACAUCAUGGCCGUCUCUUCUCCAUGCUUGACAGCUCGUUGUCUUCCCCACACACAGGUCUUCUUACACGCCAUCUUUCCUGCGGCGAUGGCGACGGCAAGCUCUUCUUCCACGGGGGGCAGCGGCUGGUCGCCGACCGUGCUGCAUGUACCGCCGCACACGUGGCAAGAUCUCAUCGCCGCGCGGCAAGAGCAGAGGCGUCCGUCUCCACUCCUUCUGUGUCCGACCCCUACGCGCCGUACGCGGUAGCAGCAGGAGCUGCGGUCGGCACCAAGAAAGCCAAGAUCAGCAUCACCAUGGGAGAUAACAUGAACGACGGAAUGCUGGGCAAGGCGAGGAUCGUGAUCGUCGGGGACGGCAAGGAAGUCCCAGAUGGUCCCCGGGCCCCGGCGCGUCCCGAGGAGAACGCUUCCACCUCUGAAGAUGACGGGUAUGACCUCGGAUUCGCACUGUGGAGGAACGGCAAGACGGUGUCCGUGACCAUCGAUGAUCUGCCCAAGAACGUUAAUCCGGCCGUGGUUCUUCUCUACAACGAUUCAAGCCACGGCAAGUGGUUUGUGAAGAAGGUGGAGAUCGAGACGGAGGCAUACACGAGCGAUGGCGGCGGGGACAACGGCAAGACGAAGAAGUACGUGUUCCCCUGUUUCUCCUUCGUCCCAACGGGGGACAAUGCGCGCAUCAUCUUCGAGGGCAGGUCACAGCUGCCAUGGCAGACCCCGCAGAGGUUGUCCAACCUCUAUCGCGAGGGAGCGCUCGAUCAGCAAUUCGCAGUGUACAAGUUCGACGAGUACAACGACCUGAGCAAGCCGGCCGACCUUGCAGACCGCGGCAGUCCCAACUUCCGCCCGCGGCUGCGCCCCUAUCCGAAGCGCCAGGCGACCGCGGUCUCCGGAACGAGCGUGGGAAUCCCGCGCGACGACAACUUCGACCUCUCCAAGAUCACCGACUUCCUCACCGGCGCAGCGAAGGCGCAAGCCCAGGCGCUUCUCGCGGACCCUGUCCAGCUGGCUUCCAACCGUCCAUGGAAGACCGUGAACGGGCUGAUCUCGGGGCUCUUCGAGGGAGUGGGGGCGCUGAGGAAGCCUGCUAUCUUGAAACACGGGCUGGACUGGAAGUCGGACAAGGAGUUUGGCCGGCAGACGCUUGCCGGACUCAACCCCAUGGAGAUCACACUGGUGAAGGAGCUGCCUGCAGGUUUCGUAAUCUCCGACGACGACCUGACUGGCGCGCUUCCUGCCGGGCUCACGCUCGCCGACGCCGUCAGCGCUAACCGUGUGUUCAUCCUCGACUACUCCAUCUUGGAGGCCAUCCGGCCGAUCGUGAACCGCCCUCCGCCGGCGGGCAAGGAGUGGAACAGGUACCUGUACGCUCCCCGAUGUCUGCUCUUCCGCGACGACAACGGCGAUGUGAUCCCCAUGGCCAUCCAGCUAGAGGCUGGCGGGAAGGUGUACACGUCAGCCAAGGACACGGGCGUCGGCAAGUGGCAGUGGACGCUGGCCAAGGCCUACGUGGCGUCCGCCGACAGCAGCGUUCACCAAGUGGCCAGGCACUUUCUCCAAACGCACGCCGUCUGCGAGGUCUAUCUCAUUGCUCUUCGCCGGCGGCUGUCGGAGCUGCAUCCCCUGUUCAAGCUGCUCAUCCCCCACUUCCGCUUCACCCUCAGCAUCAACUACCGAGCUCGCACCGGUCUGAUCAACGCGGAGGGGAUCAUAGAGGACAUCUUCUCCGGCGGGUCGCAGUCCAUGGCCGCCUCGGCGGAGGUCUUCAAGACUUGGAAGUUCGAAGACCAGGCUCUGCCGAACAACCUGGAGAAGAGAGGGGUGGCUGACGUCAACGUCCUCCCUUACUACCCCUACCGCGAUGUGGGGACGAAGAUAUGGGACGCCAUGCACAAGUACGUGCUGACGUAUCUCAGGAUCUACUACGGGGAGACGGAGGCCUCGAGGGAGUUUAUCGUGAAGGACAAGGAGCUGGUUGCAUGGUGGACCGACGUGAAGUUCGGCAACUCCAAGUUCGAGUACUCCUUCAGUGAGGUGGAGGAAUGGCCAAAGCUUGAGACAGUAGAGGAUCUGGCGUUCAUCUGCACGACGAUCAUGUGGACCGCAAGUGCCCAGCACGCUGCGGUUAACUUCUGCCAGUACGACUACUACGCCUUCACUCCCAACCAUCCGGCUGCAACGCGCAGACCCAUGCCAGACAAGGUGGACGAGAAGACGUUCAUGGAGGUCAUGCCGCUUCCUCGUGACCAGGUCACCGCCAUCUCCGUCGUCGACCUGCUAUCGGCUUUCUCGGACGACGAAGAGUAUAUUGGGAGAAAGGAUCAGACGGCGUACGGUUGGCUUGUCGAUCCUGCGGCCAAGGAGGCAUAUGAGCAGUUCUGCAACGACCUGGACUACGUCGAGAAAGAGGUCCAGGCGUACAACGAGCUCAACAAGACAAAAGGCCGGCUGCCGUACAAGUACUUGUUCCCCCGUACCAAUCGUAACGAUAAGGACAACAGCUCCGUCACUCCCAACGGUACCGAAGGCAUUCCCAACAGCGUGUCCAUCUAGAGAGAGAGAGAGAGAGAGAGAGAGAGAGAGAGAGAGAGAGAGAGAGAGAGAGAGAGAGAGCUUCUUUCAUCCUAUCUCUUCUCACGCAAUCCCUCUCUCCAAAGCGCUCUUCCUUUGAAUCUCUCUCAGCCGUCAUUCUCUGCUUUAUCUUGGUUGGGUGAUAUUCCUUCUUCUCGGUCCAUUGCUCGUUGACGGAGAUCGAAACGAGUGUCCUUCUUCUCGGUCCAUUGCUCGUUGACGGAGAUCGAAACGAGUGUCUACUCCGAGAGAGAGAGAGAGAGAGAGAGAGAGAGAGAGAGAGAGAGAGAGAGAGAGAGAGAGAGAGAGAGAGAGAGAGAGAGAGAGAG